GCAAGGCGGAAGUUGUCAUUCUAACCGCUUCCUACUUCCUGCGUCAAAACAUUCCGGUCUGUCUAUGCGGCUCUAACGCUCUUUUCGGAUUUUAUGAGUGAUUAUGGCUGCGAACUGCAGCACCGGUUCGGCUACGGAGCCUCCGGGACUAGAGACCCAGUGGCGGGAGAUCGACAACCUGAACCAGCAACAGCUGCGGGCCGGAGACAGCUGGUAUUUGUUGGACAAGAGAUGGUUUGAUCAGUGGAAAGAGUAUGUGCACACCGGUGACCAAAAUUCGUCCUCUUAUCCUGGAAAGAUUGAUAACACCGAGCUCUUUGAAGAUUUGGAUUCAUACCACCUGAAAGAGAGGCUGUCUGAGAAUGAGGACUUCAUCCUGGUCCCAUCAGAAGCCUGGCAUAAACUCUUGUCAUGGUAUGACUUGAUGGACGAUCAGCCUCCUUUGGAAAGAAAGGUUGUUGAUCUUCCCAGCACUGUUAAAGUGGAGGUCUACCCUGUGGAGAUCUACCUCUGUCUCUCCAGUAACUUGGAGAGCACUGUAACUGCACGGUUCAGUCGAGCAGACAAGAUACACGCUAUACAUCAAAAGAUACGGCAGCAUUUUAAUGUGUCAGAGACUGCUGAGAGCCGACUGUGGAUGAGGAGUACGGAUACAAGCUCAGAAAGGCUACGCAACCUUAACAUGACUGUCCUAGACGCCUGUCUCAUCUCCGGCAUGACGGUGAUUAUGGAGAUCAGGAAUGCGGAUGGUACGUGGCCAACAUCUAGGCCUCAGAUCAUGCGGAACACUGCUGACGAGGACUCGUAUCGAGGGCCUCCUGGAGUAUGUGGCCUCACGAACCUGGGCAACACCUGCUUCAUGAACUCAGCUUUACAGUGUCUGAGUAACACGCCACCACUGACUGAGUACUUCCUGAUGAACUUGUAUCUGGAGGAGCUGAACUUCACCAACCCUCUGGGCAUGAAGGGUGAAAUUGCAGAAGCCUACGCAGAUGUCAUCAAACAAAUGUGGUCAGGGAGGCACUAUUCUGUGGUUCCUCGGGUAUUUAAGACGAAGGUCGGCCACUUUGCAUCACAGUUUCUUGGCUACCAGCAACACGACUCUCAGGAGCUGCUGUCUUUUCUGUUGGACGGUCUACAUGAAGACCUCAACCGGGUCAAAAAGAAGGAGUAUAUUGAACUCAAGGAUGCUGAUGGCAGACCUGACCAGGAAGUGGCUGAGGAAGCAUGGCGCAACCAUCUGCGGCGGAACGAUUCAGUUAUUGUCGACACAUUCCAUGGGUUGUUCAAGUCGACACUGGUGUGCCCCGAGUGCAACAAGGUCUCUGUGACCUUUGACCCCUUCUGCUACUUGAGUGUGCCCUUACCAGUCAGUAAGGAGAGGGUCAUGGAGGUGUUCUAUGUCUCACUGGAUCCCAUGGCCAAACCAACACAGUAUCGUCUGAUUGUCCCUAAAGCUGGCCGAGUGAUUGACUUGUGCACUGCCCUCUCUCAGGCAACAGACGUCCCACCCAGCCAGAUGGCUGUGGCUGACGUGUUCAAUCAUCGCUUCUAUAGGAUUUAUCAAGUUGACGAGUCCUUAAGCUGUAUACUGGACCGGGACGACAUAUUUGUGUAUCAGCUGAACAGUGGCUGUAUGGAUCAGACUGAUGAGGAGGUGAUUCUGGCCGUCUACAUGCGUGAACGCUCUCAUUACAGGGAUUACGGCUCGGGCAGCAACAGCUACAGCACAUCCCUGUUCGGUCACCCGCUGCUGAUGUCCGUGCCACGCACCCAGUGCACGAGGGAAGAUCUCUACCAGCUCCUUCUGAAAAGACUGGCGCGUUAUGUCCGUCCCCUAGACCCCUCAGAAGAAGUAGAAGAGGAAGAAGAUGAGGAUGAAGAGUUGUACAAGGCACAGACCAACGGAGUUAGUGAUGAUGAGGGUGAUGAAGACUCUGAGGAGGCGGGGCCAUCUAAGAAAGAGGAAGAGACUCAACAGAGCAAUCAGGCUGAUGGGCAGAACAACGGCCCAUUAGAAGCCAGCCCGAGCAGCGAGAGGGAGGAGCGAGCUGAGGAGGGGGAGUCGAGCAGUGAACCGGACCGGGGCAGCAGUACAGAGGAGGGCCAAUCAGCGUGCGGCAGCACCGACACCAACUCCCAAGAUGCCACUGAUGGGGACCAAAGUGCUGGCGCAGAACCUUCGGGAAAGGAGGAAGAGGAUGACGACGAAGAAGAGGAGGAGGAGGAGGAAGACGGGGAAGAGGCCGCAACUUGUGCGCAGGCAAAUAAGAGAGUUCCGGGCAGACGGCACUAUACUGAGAGACGGAAAAAAGCCCUCUUCACCAUUCAGGCAGUGAACUCUAAUGGCACCACAGAGCGAGGGAUGGCAGAGGCGGGCGGCAGCUUUUCUUUCAGCUCUCAGCCAUACAUUGCCAUCGACUGGGAUCCUGACAUGAAGAAGAAGUAUUACAAUGAGAAUGAAGCUGAGAAAUACAUAAAGCAUCAGAGCAUGGAUGUCCCUCACCAGCAAACAACAGUGCAGCUGCAGGAAUGUAUAGAGCUUUUUACCACAGUAGAGACACUGGAAGAGGAAAACCCCUGGUAUUGUCCGACAUGUAAAAGGCAUCAGCUUGCUACUAAGAAACUGGAUCUGUGGUCUUUACCAGAAGUUCUGAUCAUCCAUUUAAAGCGUUUCUCCUACACAAAAUACUCUCGAGAAAAACUGGACACUAUCGUGGAGUUCCCCCUGCGGGAUUUGGACUUCUCAGGUUUCCUCCUAAAGAAGACCACGAACAGUACUGAACCUCCCAGUAGAUAUGACCUGAUCGCUGUGUCGAACCACUACGGCGGACUCCGAGAUGGACACUAUACUAGUUAUGCCCAGAACAAGGACAAUGGCCAGUGGUAUUACUUUGACGACAGCAAGGUGACCUAUGCAAGGGAGGAACAGAUUGUGACCAGCGCGGCCUACCUCCUGUUCUACCAGCGCCAAGACAAGAUCCGCCAGCCCACCGUCCCUCCACCCGUACCCUCCUCCACCCAGCCAGAGAACCACAUCACAUCCCAGACCCAUGAUGGCGUGGACGGAGCCUCUUCCUGCGUCAGCAUGGAGACGGACUGAUUUCUGUCUUUCCUUCUUUGUCUUUUUCCUACUCCACUUUAUUCUUUCUCACUCUUAUCACUUCCAACUUUAAUCUUUAAUCUACAGAAACUUGAACCUCAGCCUCUGCUCUGACUCUGACAGGAAGCACGAGGCAGGGGCUACUCUCUCAGGCUGGUGCACGAGCAUCAUGGGGUGGGAAUGCAGAUUUUUGUGUCGUUUUUCUUAAUGACGAACUCAAAGAAACGGGUUAGGCUGGUGGCGGCGGAUUCAGAGAUGGCAUAGCAUUUUGUCUGCAUCACUUCAACGAUGAUGAGAAUUUGGAGAAUGUGGUUUGCGCUGUUCAUCAUCACCGAAUGUGUUCUUUACUUUUUCCUAAGCUUGCUUUUUUGAGCUAGCUAAGCUGCUGUCCACAAUGGUGAUGUUUGAACGCCCGACCUUGGGUAAAGCUGCACUGUUUAACAUCAUGAAUCAGGCCUCCUGUUUAUUCCAUCAGACGCUAUUAGCAGGGAUGGUUGAGAUGGUUUCUCAUAUCAGGGACGUCAUGAUCAGAAAUCCUGUUUCACUAUGUUUUCUGAGAUCUUCUAGUAUAAAGGUGGUCUGUCCACUCACUCGUGAUCUAUUUAUUUUCGUAAUUGCCAGAUGCUAAUGUGGAGUGAGGAAUAGAGAUGGUUAUAAUUGUAAAGAGCGGCUUCUAAAGAUCUUCCAUUUUUAUUUUCAUUUUUGUGAUGCUUUUUUUUGUCUGUCGUAAGGUCUGGGAAAAGCCCCUCUGUUGCAGGACACAAACGGAGGCCUGUUUUUCAGCGAGAAUUUGCUUUUUUUUUAUCUUAAAUGAAAGGAAAAUACACAGCAAGAUUUAAAUAUUACAUUCUUUUUUGACUAAUUGUGUUACAUUUAUAAAGAACUCUUUGGAGCAAUGAGAAUAUUUCAGCAAAGUGCUUUCUGGAUAGAGCUCUUUACAUGAUGAUUUUUAAGGCACCUCUGUACAGUAUUUUUGUAUUGUAAUAAAUGUUGUAUUAUCUUUGAUCAUUUGGAUCAGAUGCUGGGGAUGGGGUGCUUUCAUUUUAUUUUGUUAAUAAUUAUAGAUUGAAUAUAUAAUUGUAUACACAUCUUUUGAUAUGAAUAAAUGAUGACUAUAAAGUCGAGAGGUUAGAUUGGAUACAUUUGGCUUCCAUUUACGUUGUUUUACCUCUGAAUAAAAGGACGCGUAGAUCCUUUGGUAAUGGGAAAUGCAUUCAUUUGGUUUGUACUGACUGCAUAUUAACACUUUUCAGCUGUUCAGUGUUGUAAUUAAUUUGGCCCACAGUGUAAUGAUCUUAUAGAAAAUGCUUUUUCAUUUGCACUUCCCUUUAAAGGUGCAAUAGGUGAUUCUCUACAGAAACUUUUUUUGUUAUACUGGUUGAAAGUCUUCUCAUAUCCUGAUAGCAAUAAUCACUAUGUUAAAUGGCCUAAAUGUAUUUUUUAUAAAUAUAUAUCGUCUGGGGAAGGUGUAGGACCAUUAAAUGUUCAUCCAAUUAUUAUAUUCGGUCAGAAUGAAAUAAUACGAUGCCCUACCUGCCUGUCAACGUGUUUUUACAUACCCUACGUCAUCAGCGAGUUUAUACACAGACAUACCUCAGUCACGGAGCACGGCAAACAAACAGCAGCCACCUUUUACAGUUCCUGCCUAAUAAAAACAACGAGCUUACGCUGUGUUCAAACCAUAACUACCGUAAUUAAGAGAUGGCAACCCGCGAUGUUCUAACCGGAGUUGUUCAGUCAGACUCUGAAUUAUGCGUUUCCAUGUCAACAGUAUCAACACUGAAAUGAAUCUGCAGCAGUCAGGUACAAGCUCUCUAAGUUGUUUACGUUCAUUUUUAUCGUCAUGUUAUGUGCUUUGAGACAUGAGGUAGUUUAACGUCGUCUUUUGUGACGCCUAGAGCAACUGUGUUUCGUUCAUGUGUUUUGGAUGAGGCGUGGCUUUGGACCGCGAUUUGCAGGGAGGGUGGGGUCGUAUGCUUUCAAUGCUAGCGGGCUAACGUUAGCAUUUCCCAGAUCACCUGCUGCAUCUUUAAGUGACUGCUUUAUCGCAUUCCUCAGAUUGUAAUGUACACAGUUCACUGUUCUUAUCUCAGAAUGAGAGAUCUAUAAAUAUAUCACUGUAUGUGACAGGAGCACUUAAUACAUUCAGGAUGUUCUAAUAUCUAAUAUAAUAUCACAUGUGAAUCUCACAAAACCUGUACAGAACAAAAGAAAUCAAAACCAAGGGGACAAAUGUGAAAUUAUAUUUUUAUAUAAUCAUAUAUAUCAAUUUUACAUUUAUACAUCAUGGUAGUAUUUGUUUACUCCUUUUAAUUUAUGCAUAUUUAAUAAAAAAGAAAAGAAAAUUACCUGGAUAUGUUCUUGACUGGAUUUGUGAGAUUUACAAACUUGUGAUGAAGAACUGGUGAGAAUUUUUCUUGAAGUCUGCUUUAAAAAAAAAAAAUCCUCAAAUUUUCCUCAAAGAUUCAACUCGUUUAUUUCUCACCUAUAGUCUUCCAUUUUGUAUGAGGUUUACUAAAUGCAACAAUCCAUUUAAAGAGAGAUUCAGUUUUACUAUUUUAUAGUAAUUAAAUGGCUUUAUUAUUUAAUUCUAAAAUAAUUUGCUAGUGCUGUAAACACCAGCUUUGAAAAGUCACAUACAGCCUAAUUUUGUGUUUCAAAUAUUUAUUAGAGCUACUUUGUGACCUGCAGUGGUUUCAUUUUUCAGUGAAAUCAGUGAGAUGGUCAGCUGUGUAUGAACAAUUGAAAUGUUAGACUAAUUCUGAAAUCAAACCAUUUGAAUUGCUAUAUUUCUGUCAAUGCAAUAUUCUAAAGCCUGUUUCACAGUAUAUUGCACCAUAUAGUCACCAAAUUUCAUAUUUAUGAUUUUGCAUUGUGGAGGCAUUUUCUGUAUAGAAAUUGAACAAGUGGUCAAAUAAAAGCUUAUUUGAA